GCGUGCGAGUUUUUUUGAAAAUCCGUUGAUUUUUACUAUUUUUUUACGUUUUAACUUAUAUUAAUUAUAAAUCUAAUCAACAAAAUGACAUCGUUUGAUUUUAAUUCCAUAAACUCGGUAUUGGGAAAUCUAAAUAGGCCAGUGUGUGGUGUAGAUUUUUCCGGAAAAUCAUUGAAGUUAGACACCGCUGCCGAUGCAAAACCAAUCAUAGAUGCCAUAAAUGCCUGCUCCGAUCUUCAGUACCUGACCCUAACGGGAAACACAUUAGGAGUGGAAGCCGCCAAAGCAAUAGCCAAAGCACUGGAGAAGCAUCCAGAACUCAAAACAGCAAGAUUCUCUGAUAUGUUCACUGGUAGAAUGAAAACGGAGAUACCACCAGCUCUAAGUGCACUGGGAGACGGUAUGAUUGAGGCUGGUGCACGAUUGUCAGUACUGGACUUGAGUGACAAUGCAUUCGGACCUAUCGGAGUAGAAGGUCUCGCUCGGUUGCUGCAAAGUGAUGUCUGCUCGGAGUUGGAGGAGUUACGUUUGAACAACAAUGGGCUUGGUAUUACUGGUGGCAAGCUCUUGGCUAAAGCGUUGUCCACCAACCCACGGAAACUCCGCAUCUUUAUCGCUGGCAGGAAUCGACUGGAGAAUGAGGGAGCUAAAGCAUUGGCUGGAGUGUUCCAAAACAUGGGCACCCUGGAGGAGAUAGCGAUGCCACAGAAUGGUAUUUACCACACAGGUAUAUCAGCUUUGUCGGAGGCGUUCAAGCAGAACCCAAAGCUAUCCUGCCUCAACCUGAACGACAACACCAUUGGACCUAAGGGAGCAGAAGCCAUCGCUACUGCCUUACCAAGAUUAAAGAAUUUGAAGUCAAUCAACUUUGGCGACUGUCUCCUGAAGAGUAAGGGCGCGAUGGCCUUGGCUAAAAGCAUAAAGGAAAAUUCAGUUCUGAUAGAGUCCCUAGACCUGAGUCACAACGAGAUCGGUCGCGCGGCGUGCAUGGAGCUGGUGGACGCGCUCUCCGCGCCGCCCGACAGCCGGGAUAGACUCACGCGCGUCGUGCUCGCAGGCAAUAGCUUAGGUGGCGCCGCUAACAAGAAGACUAUGAAGGAGAAGCUGGGACCGUCCGCUGAGUUGAGCGACGGCGAGGGAAGUGAGGACGAAUAUGUAUCAGAGUCAGAUGAAGACGAGGAUGGUUCAGGGUCUGACGAUGAUCAUUCCGAGGACAGCGCCACAGAGGAUGCACAGCAUUUGGACACUGUGCUCGACAUGGGCAAAGUGUUGGAUACUUCAGCAAUUGAAGAAGUUGAUUCAGAUGUUGGGAAGUUCCUUCAGGAGCCAACUGUAGAGAACCUGAUCAAGCUAGGGCCCAACGUCACAGAGCUGAUUGAUACCCAUCUCAAGCCAAUAAAAGACGCGGAGAGCCUCACGCAGGCGUACGUGGAGGCCGUGUGCUGCGUGUGCGGGCUCGUCCGGGAGAGCGCCAGCGCCGCCACCAGCGCCCGCCGCCUGUUCCCCGCCCUCGUGUCCCGGGCCACACAGAGCUGGCUGCUGGCUGAUUCCCUCCUGCGAGCGCUCACGUUGAUCAAGUCCGAAAACAAAGAGUACAAGAUCAAAUGGAGGAUAGCGCCUUGUUUCAUAGCGCUGGCUCAGGAGAUCGACGAGCCGUACUUCCCACCGGCGCUCCGGGAGACCCUGAAGUUCUUCAUCAGCAGCAAAAAGCCCUCGCUACCUGAGGAAGUACGGACGGCCAUAGAGAAACAUCCCAAUCUAUACGAAUGAUUGAUUAAAGUGUUUUAGUUA